AUGUUACUCCUUGAACUAGGUUUUAAUGAAUCCUUCCCAAGAACCAUUUCCGGCACUUUUUUCGAUCCAGGUGCAUCAAUUAUUGCUUAUUUUUGCGGUUCUAGCAUCUUUAUUCAAAUAGGUAUCCCCUCCGCUAGAUAUUUCAGUAACUUCUCAUAGAUCAGCAGACCCUUCAGUUCUAAAGCUGAACAAUGCACGAACACUGUUUCAACCAAUCCUUUAAUAAGUCCAGUUGUACCUGAAGAUACUAAUGGGUCCUUCCAGUUUCAGACUUAUGAGUUAGUCUUCCAAUAAAAUAUUCUGAAUCCCCCCAAACAUAAAUAUCGUAUAUAUCUCCUUGAUAUCUAACUAUUCUUUUCUCAAAAGCCGAUUCAAUAGAAUGAGGAAAUCCAAACUCCACUUACCCAAUAAUCUACAUAUUCCCAGAUAGCACUAGAUACAUCCUAAGGGGUGCUAAUUUUAGUUAAGUACUAUCAAAGAUCAAGAUCAUUUGAAAAGAUGUAGUAGUAUUUUGGCUACCCAAGUUAAUCCUGCUCGAUAACUACAGACAGUAAAAAUGGUACUCUAUUACUCAGAGUAGAUAUCUCUCAUCAGCAUUGCUAUUCUUAAGUUAGCUUAUAAAACUAAGCAAAUUUAUCUAUCAUUUUUUCAAGCUAUCUAACCUGCAUAUUGAUUACUAUUUGGUUCUCCAAUAAUAAAGCAGUUAAGACAUGA